GCCGCCUCUCCACGUGCACUGCCUUGAGAAGGCAACAAAGCGGCUCCCGCGGCGUGUUUACAGCCGCUAGCCGGGUCUGAGGGGUAGCGCCUGGGGCUGCCUGGCCCCUCACUGCAAGUAGCAGCAGCCCGUGCCGCGUGUGCCACCGUCCUGUACCUGCUGGGGCGUGUCUGUGGGAAGCCAGUGAAUAUAUCCGCGUUUCAAUCCCUCUCCCUGCUCUCGGGGGUGGUGAAGGGUACCUGGCCGCAGGGUGGGACCGAGCCGUUGCGCUGAGGCAGAGCAUUGGAUGCUGCGUCCGAGAGAAGGAGCUCAGGUUCCUCCUGCGCUUGGCAAAAUCCAACCCCCCUCAUCCUAAAAAUAAGGGGGGAUCGGUUGGCUAUUGGCUCCUGCGGGAAUAACUAUGGUAUCUCCCGGAUGCCACAAUGGGUGUGAGGAAUGAAGGGAGCCUGGUUUCAGUCCUGAGAAGAGUGCCCCAAUAGCCAGCUGGAGCGGGUCAGAGAAGCUCUGCAAUGAGCAGACAGCUAUUGCAAAGCAGGAUGCAGCAGGAAUAUCGGAAUGUUUGCGUCCUUCUGCCCAACAGAGAGCAACUCAGUGUAACCAUUGGGGUAAAAGCCACCGGACAGGAGCUCUUCCAGCAAGUUUGUGACUUAGUGAAGAUUAAAGACCCUCACUUCUUUGGCCUCAGUAUUGUUAAAAACAAUGAAUAUGUAUUUAUGGACCUGGAGCAGAAGCUUAGCAAAUACUUCUCGAAGGAAUGGAAGAAAGAGACGAGCAAAGGGACAGAGAAGUUCACCCCUCCUUUUGUUGCCUUCUUCAGGGUACAGUACUACGUAGAAAAUGGAAGGGCCAUAAGUGACAUGGCAGCACGGCACCUGUACUACUGCCAUCUCAAGGAGCAGGUGUUGAGGUCUCGGUGCCUCCACAAAGAAGAAAUCUACUUCCUGCUGGCUGCGUACGGUUUACAGGCUGACUUGGGCAACUACAUGGAGAAUGUCCAUGUUGGGAAAUAUUUUGAACCUCAAGCCUAUUUCCCACAGUGGAUAAUUGCAAAGAGGGGGAGUGACUAUAUCUUGAAGCAUGCUCCAGAGAUGCACCAAGAACAGCAAGAUCUGACUGCUAAAGAUGCAAUCCUGAAGUUCAUUAAGGAGUCCUGUUUGCUGGAAGAUGUACCUGUCCAUUAUUACAGAUUACAGAAGGAUAAGAAGGAAGAUCGCCCAACAGUUGUCCUGGGCCUCACCCUUAAAGGAAUUCACAUCUAUCAGGAGGUGAACCAUGUCAGCCAGCUGCUGUAUGACUUUCCCUGGUCACACAUUGGGAAACUCGCGUUUCUGGGGAAAAAAUUUGAGAUCCAGCCGGACGGUUUGCCCUCUGCCCGGAAGCUGGUGUACUACACAGGUUGCCCUUUCCGGUCACGACACUUGCUGCAGCUCCUGAGCAACAGCCACCGACUCUUUCUGAACAUCCAGCCGGUGCUGAAGCAUAUCCGAAAGCUGGAGGAGGCGGAAGAGAAGAAGCGUUAUCGGGAAUCCUACAUCAGUGACACUCUGGAGAUGGACCUUGACCCCUCGGAUAAGCACUCCCACGGCAGUGGAAGCAGUGGGGGCAGCCGGAGGAACAAUAGACUAUCUCGUCAGUCAACUGGGAGCCACGGCAGCUCGCACACGUCUGGUAUUGAGGCAGAUUCGAGGCACAGGAUGUCAGUGGAAAUGUCAGUGGAUGAGCCCUUCGGUAUCGAUCGGGUUCAUCGGAAGGAGAAAUCAUGCAGCUCGACAGUUAGCUAUGGCAGCUCUGGCAUUGACAGUGGUGGCAAAGGGAGAGCUGAAGAUGACUCUCAGGAUGACGAGGUUGAGCUGGCAGUGGAUGAGCCUGAGGAGGUGCCUGUGGAUGAGCCUGUAGAGAGAAACCAGUUGGAGGAGGCAGCUGAAGGAGAGUCUGUCAGUUCUCUUGCUUUAGAUGCACUUUGCUGUCAAGCCCUUAAGCAGAAGCCUCUCUCUGUGGUACAAGUCACACUGAUAAAAAUGAGAGGCCAAAGUGUGGAAUCUCUUCAUCAGCAGGUGAGACAGCCUAAAGACAGGAGCUGCGCAGACCAGCACAGCCAGAGUUUGGAUGACAUCCGUCUUUACAAGCAUCGGCAUCCACCGCUAAGCUCCACAUUAUCUUCGGACACCUCCCACAGCUACACAUUUGGUUGUGCACUGGAGGAUAAGCUGGCCAACUACGGCUGCGUUUAUUCAACAGCAGACUGCAAAACCAAGUCCGCCCUCUAUGGAAAGAGAUCCAUGAACUGCCUGUCUCUGGAUCUCUUGGGAGAAGACCAGCUGCCGGAGGAGUUUGUGGUGUAGCCAAGUUGGCAAGGUCCUAACCAAGGAGACGGCUCAUUAGGGAAAUAAAAGCUACUAUAUAUACCUCAUCAAUGCAUGAUACAUUGCUUUUGAUCUCGGAGGUGAUUGGUAAAUGACUUUUGUACCCUAUUAAGGGAUGUAUAAGUAGUGUCACAACCCAACAAUCCUGACAAAAGUGCAAGUUUAUUACAGGGCAGCACUUUAAUUAAAAAGAAAAAUACUGGCAAUGGAAUAUCUGUCCUCUACCCAGCGCACAGUUAAAGUGGACUGCCCCAAUAGAAUAGACAAUUUUUUUAUUUAAAAUACCAGUGGGCAGUUGGCCCAAAACACCUAAUAAGCUAAUAGCACAGAGAGCACAUCUGAAUUGACUUACCUGAAAGCAACUACAGAUUCCACAUUGAUUUUUUUUUUUUAAAGCCACCUACUUCCUGACCUUUUGUGCCCAUAAUGUUACACUAAUCCAGUGUGUUGGUCCCCUUGAAUUCACUCUACUGAGGUACCUGCUGUCAACUGUCAGUUUUCUCCUAGAACAUAUCUCAGCCUACCAGCAAUGGGGAUGGACCUUCUGCAGCUCUGUAAUAUCUAUACCUGUCCUGCUCCCUUUGAAAUCAAUGGAAGCUUCACUGUUGGCUUCACUAGGAGCAGGAUCUGCCCCAUUGUGGGUUUGUUUCUAGGUUCCCUCCCCCACCAAACCAAAAACAUACCAGCAAUUGUACUGCUGUUUUUUUAAACUGCAUUUUAGAGCAACGAAGUGGGAACCACUGGCCACUAACUAUUGCCACAAACCUCCACUAUUGAUCCCUAGAUACAGUCUUCAUCCUCGUUAUUGUUUGGAAAAUAACAGGAUGACUCAACUACUUCCAGCAGUUUGGAUUUUGAGGAAGUCAUGACAAAAGUGCUAAUUGAUAGGCUUUUCAGGAAAGAAGUAUGACUGGAGAAGUUGUUCAAGGAUGAUGGCUUCUACUUGAAUCAGCACUUUUUAAAAAACAACUCCAUUCCAUAUGAAUUCACCCUCUGAGUUUUGGAGGUCGAACAUGGAGAAAAUAGAUUUCAGGGGAUGACUAGAGUAGUUAUUAGGGAUGAUGCCCAGUUUUGGUUUUGAUUGGGGCAUUCAGCUGGUGAAGGAUGUGACUGUAAGGCACCUGAUGAUAUAUAUUUGUGGUUGUUUCUGAAUCAAAGGUAGUGGUGUGUGGGUUUGUUUUUUUUUGAGUGCUAUGGAGCUGUGCCAGUGUUCUGUGUAAAGAUACGUGUGCUGGUACUAUACGAUAAAAAGUGCUCAUAUUAGGUCUGGAGAUGAGAUGCUUUCUGCCUUCAUUCACAAAAAUGAUGCUAUGUUGUUUUCCCCUUUUUUCCCAC